UAAAGAAGGAGGAGGGGAGGAUCGGAGUCAAACCCGAGCUGGCCUCGGCCAGAAAGGCUGCGCUCCGCGCUCGCCGGGCACCAGAUCCGCUCGUGGGGAGCCUCGGAGUUCCCCGAGAGCCCCGGCGAGGUGCCGGCCGCGUCAGGCGGUUGCCAAGCGUCUGCCUUGUCCAGCAGGCCUAGUUGCUAGGGCCUCCAUCUUGGGGCCCCGGGGCCACUGCGCCCCCGGAAGGGGUUGCGAGUGGGGCAUUCACUUCCGGUCUGGGGCCUGCGGCGGCAGCGGUGGCGGCGGCGGCGGCGGCGGCAGCGGGUCGGUGUAGAAAAUGGCGCUGGUGCAGCGGCUCGGGCCUGUCCCCGCGGCGCUGCGGAGGGCUUGAGGCUCGCGAGCCUCGUUCCCCGCGCCCCACGCGCUCGUGCACUUUACACACAUGAGAGAAUUGGAAGCUAAAGCUACCAAAGACGUAGAGAGAAAUCUUAGCAGGGAUUUAGUGCAAGAAGAAGAACAGUUGAUGGAAGAAAAGAAAAAGAAAAAAGACGACAAGAAAAAGAAGGAAGCUGCUCAAAAGAAGGCCACUGAACAAAAAAUCAAAGUGCCAGAACAGAUAAAGCCCACUGUAAGCCAGCCUCAGCCUGCCAACUCUGAUAACGGCACUUCUACAGCAACCAGCACUAAUAAUAAUGCCAAGCGAGCUACAGCCAGCAAUCAGCAGCCGCCGCCGCAGCAACAGCAGCAGCAGGAACAGCAGCAGCAGCAGCCGCCACAGGCCUUGCCUCGAUAUCCUCGUGAAGUACCUCCACGGUUUCGCCACCAAGAACAUAAACAGCUUCUGAAGAGGGGUCAGCAUUUUCCUGUCAUAGCAGCAAACCUGGGAUCUGCUGUUAAGGUGUUAAACCCCCAAUCAGAGAGCACUGCUGUAACAAAUCAACAGCUGCAAAAUAACGGAGAGGUACAGAACAGCAAAAGCCAGUCAGAUAUAAAUCAUAAUACUUCAGGAUCCCAUUAUGAAAAUUGCCAGCGGGGACCUGUGUCUUCUACAAGUGACUGUAGCACAAGCUGUAAGAAUGCUGUAAACGACUUGUUGGAAAAAGAAGCAUGGCCCUCAGCCCCUGGCAGUGAUCCUGAGUUGCCUUCAGAAUGCAUGGAUGCUGAUUCUGCCUCCAGUUCUGAGUCAGAGAGAAACAUCACUGUCAUGGCUUCAGGGAACACAGGUGGUGAAAAAGAAGGCCUUCGGAACAGCAGUGGACUCGGUUCUCAAAGCAAGUUUGUGGUUGGUAGCAGCAGCAAUAAUGUGGGCCAUGGAAGUAGUACUGGGCCAUGGGGCUUCCCCCAUGGAGCCAUAAUAAGCACAUGUCAGGUCUCUGUGGAUGCUCCUGAAAGCAAAUCAGAAAGUAGUAGUAACAAUAGAAUGAAUGCUUGGGGCACUGUAAGUUCUUCAUCAAAUGGAGGGUUAAAUCCAAGCACUUUGAAUUCAGCUAGCAACCAUGGUGCCUGGCCAGUAUUAGAAAACAAUGGACUUGCCCUAAAAGGGACUGUAGGGAGUGGGAGUUCUGGCAUCAAUAUUCAGUGUAGUACCAUAGGCCAGAUGCCUAACAAUCAGAGUAUCAACUCUAAAGUCAGUGGUUCUUCUACCCAUGGUACCUGGGGUAGCCUUCAGGAAACUUGUGAGCCUGAAGUAAGUGGUACACAGAAGGUUUCAUUCAGUGGUCAACCUCAGAAUAUCACCACUGAAACGACUGGACCAAAUAACACUACUAACUUUAUGACCUCUAGUUUACCAAACUCCGGUUCAGUACAGAAUAGUGAACUGCCUACUAGUAAUCCAGGGGCCUGGCGUGUGAGCACAAUGAAUCAUCCUCAGAUACAGGCUCCGUCAGUUAUGAAUGGCACUUCCCUUUCUCACCUUAGUAAUGGAGAGUCAAAAACUGGAGGCUCCUACGGUACUACAUGGGGUGCCUAUGGUUCUAAUUACUCUGGCGACAAAUGUGCAGGCCCUAAUGGCCAAGCCAAUGGUGACACUGUGAAUGCAACUCUAAUGCAGCCUGGCAUAAGUGGGCCUGUAGGCACUAACUUUCAAGUUAACACAAAUAAAGGGGGAGGUGUAUGGGAGCCUGGGACAGUGAAUUCCCAGAGUUCACCAUGGGGAAGUGGAAAUGGUGUGAAUUCUGGAGGAAGUCGAAGAGGAUGGGGAAGUCCUGCACAGAGCACUGGCACUAGUCUACCCAGUGUUGAAUGGAACAAACUGCCUAGCAAUCAGCAUUCCAAUGACAGUGCAAAUGGCAAUGGUAAGAAGUUUACAAAUGGAUGGAAAUCUACUGAGGAAGAGGAUCAGGGUUCUGCCACGUCUCAGACAAAUGAGCAAAACAGUGUGUGGGCCAAAACAGGAGGCACAGUGGAGAGUGAUGGUAGUGCAGAGAGCACUGGACGCCUUGAAGAAAAAGUAACUGGGGAAAGUCAGAGUAGAGAUAGAAGAAAGAUUGAUCAGCACACAUUACUCCAAAGCAUUGUAAACAGAACUGACUUAGAUCCACGUGUCCUGUCCAACUCUGGUUGGGGACAGACUCCUAUUAAGCAGAAUACUGCCUGGGAUACAGAGACAUCACCAAGAGGGGAAAGAAAGACUGACAAUGGGACAGAGGCCUGGGGAAGCUCUGCAACACAGACUUUUAACUCAGGGGCAUGUAUAGAUAAGACUAGCCCUAAUAGCAAUGAUACCUCAUCUGUAUCAGGGUGGGGCGAUCCCAAACCUACUCUGAGGUGGGGAGAUUCCAAAGGCUCAAACUGCCAGGGGGGGUGGGAAGAUGAUUCUGCUGCUACAGGAAUGAUCAAGAGCAAUCAGUGGGGGAAUUGCAAAGAAGAGAAGUCUGCAUGGAAUGAUUCGCAAAAGAACAAACAGGGGUGGGGUGAUGGACAAAAGUCAAACCAAGGUUGGUCCGUUUCUGCCAGUGAUAACUGGGGAGAAACUUCCAGGAGUAACCACUGGGGUGAGGCUAAUAAGAAAUCCAGCUCAGGAGGUAGUGACAGUGAUAGGUCCAUUUCUGGUUGGAACGAACUUGGUAAAACUAGUUCUUUUACUUGGGGAAAUAAUAUAAAUCCAAAUAAUUCGUCAGGAUGGGAUGAAUCUUCUAAACCUAAUUCCUCCCAAGGAUGGGGAGAGCCUCCAAAGUGUAAUCAGUCUCUAGGUUGGGGAGAUUCAUCAAAACCAGUCAGUUCUCCAGAUUGGAACAAGCAACAAGACAUUGUUGGAUCAUGGGGCAUGCCAGCAGCCACAGGCAAGCCUCCUGGUACCGGCUGGCUGGGGGGACCUAUUCCAGCUCCAACAAAGGAGGAAGAACCCACAGGCUGGGAGGAGCCGUCCCCAGAAUCUAUACGACGAAAAAUGGAGAUUGACGAUGGAACUUCAGCUUGGGGAGAUCCGAGCAAAUACAACUACAAAAAUGUGAACAUGUGGAAUAAAAACAUCCCAGACAGCAGCAGCCGCUCAGACCAGCAAGCACAGGUGCACCGGCUACUGCCGGCUGCAAGUGCUGUCUCAAGCAAAGAGGCGAGCAGUGGCUCUGGCUGGGGUGAGCCCUGGGGGGAGCCUUCUACUCCAGCCACGACGGUGGAUAAUGGUACUUCAGCCUGGGGUAAGCCCAUAGACAGUGGGCCCAGCUGGGGGGAACCCAUUACUGCAGCAUCCAACACGUCCACAUGGGGCGCCAGCUCUGUCGGUCCACAAUCAUUAAGCAAAUCUGGGCCCAAAUCUAUGCAAGAUAGCUGGGGUGGUGAUGAUAUGCCAUUGCCUGGAAGUCGCCCCACUGGCUGGGAAGAGGAGGAAGAUGUAGAGAUUGGAAUGUGGAACAGUAACUCAUCUCAAGAGCUUAACUCAUCUUUAAAUUGGCCACCAUAUACUAAGAAGAUGUCGUCAAAGGGUCUGAGUGGCAAAAAAAGGAGAAGGGAAAGGGGAAUGAUGAAAGGUGGAAACAAACAAGAAGACGCAUGGAUAAAUCCAUUUGUUAAACAGUUUUCAAAUAUCAGUUUUUCGAGAGACUCACCAGAAGAAAAUGUACAGAGCAAUAAGAUGGAUCUUUCUGGAGGAAUGUUACAAGAUAAACGAAUGGAGAUAGAUAAACAUAGUCUAAAUAUUGGUGAUUACAAUCGAACGGUCGGGAAAGGCCCUGGUUCUCGGCCUCAGAUUUCCAAAGAGUCUUCCAUGGAGCGCAAUCCUUAUUUUGAUAAGGAUGGCAUUGUAGCAGAUGAAUCCCAAAACAUGCAGUUUAUGUCCAGUCAAAGCAUGAAGCUUCCCCCUUCAAAUAGUGCACUACCUAACCAGGCCCUUGGCUCCAUAGCAGGGCUGGGUACGCAAAACUUGAAUUCUGUUAGACAGAAUGGCAAUCCUAGUAUGUUUGGUGUUGGAAACACAGCAGCACAACCCCGGGGCAUGCAGCAGCCUCCAGCACAACCUCUCAGUUCAUCUCAGCCUAAUCUUCGUGCUCAAGUGCCUCCUCCAUUACUUUCCCCUCAGGUUCCAGUUUCAUUGCUGAAGUAUGCACCAAACAACGGUGGCCUGAAUCCGCUCUUUGGCCCUCAACAGGUAGCCAUGCUGAACCAGCUAUCCCAACUAAACCAGCUUUCUCAGAUCUCCCAGUUACAGCGAUUGUUAGCGCAGCAGCAGAGGGCGCAGAGUCAGAGAAGCGUGCCUCCUGCUAACCGGCAGCAGCAAGACCAGCAGGGUCGACCUCUUAGUGUGCAGCAGCAGAUGAUGCAACAGUCUCGUCAACUUGAUCCAAGCCUGCUGGUGAAGCAGCAGACUCCGCCUUCUCAGCAGCCGCUCCAUCAGCCAGCCAUGAAGUCCUUCCUUGACAAUGUUAUGCCCCACACUACACCCGAGCUGCAGAAAGGGCCAUCGCCAGUAAAUGCUUUCAGCAACUUUCCUAUAGGCUUGAACUCAAACUUGAAUGUAAAUAUGGAUAUGAACAGUAUUAAAGAGCCACAGUCAAGACUAAGGAAGUGGACUACAGUGGACAGCAUUUCUGUGAACACAUCUUUGGAUCAAAACUCCAGCAAACAUGGUGCUAUUUCAAGUGGUUUUAGGCUGGAAGACUCUCCAUUUGUUCCCUAUGACUUUAUGAAUAGCAGUACUUCACCAGCCAGUCCUCCAGGUUCAAUAGGAGAUGGCUGGCCACGUGCCAAAUCGCCUAACGGCUCUAGCAGUGUUAACUGGCCACCAGAAUUUCGCCCUGGUGAACCAUGGAAAGGUUAUCCAAACAUUGACCCUGAAACUGACCCUUACGUCACUCCUGGCAGUGUCAUAAACAGUCUUUCAAUUAAUACUGUGCGGGAAGUUGACCACCUCAGGGACAGGAACAGUGGGUCAUCCUCAUCCUUGAACACCACGCUGCCUUCAACUAGUGCCUGGUCAUCCAUUCGUGCCUCCAACUACAAUGUUCCCCUCAGCAGUACAGCACAAAGCACUUCAGCCAGAAAUAGUGAUUCCAAAUUGACGUGGUCUCCUGGUUCAGUUACAAACACCUCUCUGGCUCAUGAGCUGUGGAAAGUCCCUUUGCCACCUAAAAACAUCACUGCUCCGUCCCGCCCACCUCCAGGGCUGACUGGUCAGAAGCCACCCUUGUCUACGUGGGAUAAUUCUCCCCUUCGUGUUGGUGGAGGAUGGGGAAAUUCUGAUGCCAGAUACACCCCAGGUUCCAGCUGGGGUGAGAGCAGCUCAGGGAGAAUAACGAAUUGGCUUGUUUUGAAAAACCUCACACCUCAGAUCGAUGGCUCAACUCUGCGCACCCUGUGCAUGCAGCAUGGCCCACUGAUUACAUUCCAUCUGAACCUCCCACAUGGAAAUGCUCUGGUCCGUUACAGUUCAAAAGAAGAGGUAGUGAAGGCACAAAAGUCUCUGCACAUGUGUGUGCUGGGGAACACUACUAUUCUCGCUGAGUUUGCCAGUGAAGAGGAGAUCAGUCGCUUCUUUGCACAAAGUCAGUCUCUGACCCCUUCUCCUGGCUGGCAGUCUCUCGGGUCCAGCCAGAGCCGGCUGGGCUCCCUCGACUGUUCCCACUCAUUCUCCAGCCGGACCGAUCUCAAUCACUGGAAUGGUGCUGGGCUGUCGGGAACUAACUGUGGAGACCUUCACGGCACUUCCCUCUGGGGGACCCCACAUUAUUCCACAAGCCUGUGGGGUCCCCCAAGCAGCAGCGACCCCCGGGGAAUUAGCAGCCCAUCCCCCAUCAAUGCUUUUCUUUCUGUUGACCACCUGGGUGGGGGUGGAGAGUCCAUGUAAUCGCAUAGGUAUAGACAUAAACUGUGACCUCAAGAUGAGAAGGAAAGGAGCACUAAGUUGGGCUCGCCACCUGCAGCCAGGGCCACCUGUGGGAACAGCUAUUUUCUGCACAUUUUCCACUUUGUUUUCCCCAAAACAUAUCAGUUUGAAUACUUGAAUCAUGCAGGCCAACAUUAUAAUGUGAAAGGGUAUCUAUCUAUUUACACUCCCAAAUAGCGCCAUACAGCUAACCGUGUGGAAUGAGCUCACUUGUGUAUUCAUCAUGUUUAGCCUUCGGAUUCCUUCUUUCCUUCGUUUCCAUCCCUCAUCCCCACCACAUUUUAUUUUUAUUUGUUUUUGGGUUGGGGGGGUGUUUUUUUUUCUUUUUUCUUUUUUCUUUUUUUCUUUUCUUUUUUUUUUCUUUUUUUUUGCAAAACCGUUUUUGGGCUGAUGUAUGAGCUUUUACCUUUGCACUGAGUGAUGUUCUCUCCGUCUAAUCGGCAGUAUGGGGGGGCAGCUGUUCCAGUGUAAAUGUUUACUCAAGGAUGUUCUUAAAGGCGUGCGCUCUCUACUAUGCCUCAUGUUGCCUACCUUAUUGUGGUAUCGUGGAGUUUAAAAGAUCAAGUUAAGAUACUGACGUAGGACUCUUAAUGAAAGUAUUGCACCAGUUUUUUCAUGUUAUAAAACUAAAGAAUUUCGCUCUACAGUUUGAGAAACUGUGGCCACCGCUGUGACCUGCAGCCCGCCUGCUGCCCAGGACGGGCCCUGCACUUUGAACAGGCUUUCCAUGUUGUUUUGAAGGUUCUCACGAUGAACCUUCUUGUUUACAGAUUUUUUUGUUUGUUUUUUGAGAAAAAAAAUGUUUACUCUUCCAUCAUUUAAAAAAAAUUUAAAAGACAAAAAAAAAAAAAAAAGAGGAGGGUGGUUUAAAAGACGCUUUCUAUCUCUGGGAAAAAGAGCAGCAUUUGGCCAUGUUCUUCUGUUUUCUAUUCCUGUCCUAAAUCAAAGAGCAUGGUUCUCAGGAAACCAGUUCCCCAGUCAAAAAAAUCUUGUAGUUUCUUAUAGGAAAAAAGAAAAUCCCAACUUUUAGCACUGAUACUACGUAUUGCUCUGUUCAAGAUUUUUCUCUGCCAAAAAAAAAGAAAAAAAAAAAAAAAGAAAAAGAAAAAAUCGCUUCGAGCUGGAGUUGCCAUCUGCUUUCAGAUGCUGUCCUUCAUUAGUGAGUGAUGAUGGUUGCUAAUAAUUGCUAGGUAACUUCUGUAACCCGUCAGUGGCUCUCAUGUCCCUGCUCUCUUGUGACCGUGUUCAUGUUUAACUGUUAUACCUUAAGGCCGAGAUCAGUAACUAUGCAUACUGUAACCAAGACAUUGGGCUUACAGAGUUGUUUGUUGUAUAAAAAAUUUUAAAUGUUGUUGCAAACUAACGAGUUACACCAUUUUAAAAUUUCUUUCCGCCCUAGCCCCUGUUAUUUUGCCCACAAAUGGUAUUAUAAUGCUUGCUUAGUCAAAGAAGAGAGACUAAACAAGGGUAAACUUUUAACAGUACAGAAUAUGCCAUCAUUUCAUUGCCUUGAUUCUAACUGUUUGUGUCCUAAGAUGCAAAAGAGGUCAGUGGCUUUUAACUGUUUACAAAUAGGAUGUGAUUGUAAAUGUACAGUUUGGUUGUGUUUGAAUUAUGAAAUCUUCAGAUAAUAAACCAUGACUUUUUUGGCUGCUCAA